AUGAAUAACAUAAUCUGGCGCGACGCAGUGGAAUACUCAAUCAUAGAGAUGACCGUCUCCCAGGGUUCCCUCGUCAUGCUGGGCUCAUACUGCCCCAAGCAACAGCACAAGCUCGGCACCACGGCGUUGCUCGCGUUCGCCGCUUCGAAAACCAGUUCGAUGUCGAGCGCUUUCAUAUUGGGAGCUGCCCACGGAGCGUUGCAGAAGGAUUAUGAUGUUAACAACACUAACAUUUGGGGCGGAUCCUCCACAUCGAUGGUGAUUUGGUCCGACUACGUGGCCAGGAUACCUGGCAGUCAGUUCUGGUCGUGUCUUUUAUUCUUCACAAUGUUUGUUCUGGCAAUCUCUUCAACGGCUCUUCUGGUACAAACCAUAAUGUCAACGCUGACCGGCCAUGCGAUCCGAAAAAUCACUUGGGCCUUUUUGAUUUUUAUUUGCUUUCUAUUCUGUUUUAUUGGAAUCAUAUCGUUGUGCACACAGGGCGGCUUAUACAUCCUAAACUUCCUAAUGGACUGGCCGGUAUCCAAGCCUCGCACGCUAGUAGCGGCCGCUGUAGGCGUGGUCGUGAGCUACGUGUACGGACAGACCACGUUCUGCGAGGACGUGUACUUCGCCGUGGGGGAAUAUCCGGGGGUGUUCGUCAGGGUUUGCUGGGCGCUGUCGCCUGUAUUGCUUGUGAUAAUGUUCGUAGUCAGCAUGGGAUCGUGGCCAGCGGGCGCGGCGGCGGGCUGGAUGUUGGUGGCGUUGGCACUGGCGCCCCUUGUGCUGGUUAUAUUGUUCUAUGCCGUCUUCAAGUGCCGCGUCAGGGUAAGCAAGCGUUUAGACUAG